AUGAUCCCCAAGAAUGUCUACAUCCUGGAACUUGUGAGUGCGUUACUUUACCUGGACUUUGUAGAUGUAAUUAAGUUAAGGACUUUGAGAUGUGGAGAUUAUCAGGGAUUAUCCCAGAAUGCCCAGAGUAAGCACAAAGAUCCUUAUAAGGAGAAGAGGAAGAAGCAACUUCCUGCCAGCAACAAGCAGCUUUCAGUGGAUGCUGGAGCUGGUUUCUAUGCUGACCUACUUGUCAGAGGACUGAUUGCCAACUCUUCUCCCAGUGGUGGCAGGCAGGGUGAACAGAGCACUCAGAGGCACUCAGAAAGCUUUGAUGUCAACAGAGAUGAUAGUAUUUCUGCUGCAAGUACUUCUGAUGUCCAAGAUCGCCUCUCAGCUCUUGAGUUACGAGUUCAGCAGCAAGAAGAUGAAAUCACUGUGCUAAAGGCAGCUUUGGCUAAUGUUUUGAGGCGUCUUGCAAUCACUGAAGAUAAUGUGGUCUCAGUGAAAAAAUUACUCACAAAUAAAGGUCAGCCAAGCCUUCGAGAAGCUAUUUCCAUGUCCUGUAUAACAAAUGGAAGUAGUGUAAGCAGAAAACCAAGUCAUACAAGCUCUGUUUCAAUUGCAAGAAAAGAAACUCUUUCAUCUGCUGCUAAAAGUGGUACAGAAAAAAAGAAAGAAAAACCUCAAGGACAGAGAGAAAAAAAAGAGGAAUCUCAUUCUAAUGAUCAAAGUCCACAAAUUCGAGCAUCACCUUCUCCCCAGCCCUCUUCACAGCCUCUCCAAAUACACAGACAAACUCCAGAAAGCAAGAAUUCUACUCCCACCAAAAGCAUAAAACGACCACUGACAACUGAAAAGUCACAUAAUUCAUGGGAAAAUUCAGAUGAUACUCGUAAUAAAUUAUUGAGAGCAGCUACAACAUCAAAAUUAAUAUCAAAAGUUAUAAAAAAUGCAGACAAGCAUAAAGAUAUCAUCAUCAAUCAAGCAAAAAUGUCAACCCGUGAAAAAAACAGCCAAGAAGGAGAAUAUAUUAAAAUGUUUAUGCGAGGUCGGCCAAUUACGAUGUUCAUUCCUUCUGAUGUUGACAACUAUGAUGACAUCAGAACAGAACUUCCUCCUGAGAAGCUUAAACUGGAGUGGGCAUAUGGUUACCGAGGAAAGGACUGCCGAGCUAAUGUUUACCUUCUUCCUACGGGGGAAAUAGUUUAUUUCAUUGCUUCAGUAGUAGUACUAUUUAAUUAUGAGGAGAGAACUCAACGACACUACCUGGGUCAUACAGACUGUGUGAAAUGCCUUGCUAUACAUCCUGACAAAAUUAGGAUCGCAACUGGACAGAUAGCUGGAGUGGAUAAAGAUGGAAGGCCUCUGCAGCCCCAUGUCAGGGUGUGGGAUUCAGUUAGUCUAUGCACAUUACAAAUUAUUGGACUUGGAACUUUUGAGCGUGGAGUAGGAUGCCUGGAUUUUUCAAAAGCAGAUUCAGGUGUUCAUCUGUGUGUUAUUGAUGAUUCCAAUGAGCAUAUGCUUACUGUAUGGGACUGGCAGAAAAAAUCAAAAACUGCAGAAAUAAAGGUAUUUAGGAAGGCACAGAAAGCCCUCCAAGCAUCUUCAUUUAUCUGGCAAGGUGUCUACCAAAUCAGCAAACAAAUCAAAGCUCAUGAUGGCAGUGUAUUCACACUUUGUCAGAUGAGAAAUGGGAUGUUAUUAACUGGAGGAGGAAAAGACAGAAAAAUAAUUUUAUGGGAUCAUGAUCUGAAUCCUGAAAGAGAAAUAGAGGUUCCUGAUCAGUAUGGCACAAUUAGAGCUGUUGCAGAAGGAAAGGCAGAUCAAUUUUUAGUAGGCACAUCACGAAACUUUAUUUUGAGGGCAACAUUUAAUGAUGGUUUCCAAAUAGAAGUACAGGGUCAUACAGAUGAACUUUGGGGUCUUGCCACACAUCCCUUUAAAGAUUUGCUCUUGACAUGUGCUCAGGACAGGCAGGUGUGCAUGUGGAACUCAGCAGAACACAAGUUGGAAUGGACCAGGCUUGUAGAUGAACCAGGACACUGUGCAGAUUUUCAUCCUAGUGGCACAGUGGUGGCCAUAGGAACGCACUCAGGCAGGUGGUUUGUUCUGGAUGCAGAAACCAGAGAUCUAGUUUCUAUCCACACGGAUGGAAACGAGCAGCUCUCCGUGAUGCGAUACUCAAUAGAUGGUACCUUUCUGGCUGUAGGAUCUCAUGACAACUUUAUUUACCUCUAUGUGGUUUCAGAAAAUGGAAGAAAAUAUAGCAGAUAUGGAAAGUGCACUGGACAUUCCAGCUACAUCACACACCUUGACUGGUCCCCAGACAACAAGCAUAUAAUGUCUAACUCUGGAGACUAUGAGAUUUUGUACUGGAACAUUAAAGAUGGCUGCAAACUAAUCAGGAAUCGAUCAGAAUGUAAGGACAUUGAUUGGACAACAUACACCUGUGUGCUAGGCUUUCAAGUCUUUGGUGUCUGGCCAGAAGGAUCCGAUGGGACAGACAUCAAUGCAUUGGUGCGAUCCCACAACAGGAAGGUGAUAGCUGUUGCUGAUGACUUUUGUAAAGUCCAUCUGUUCCAGUACCCCUGCUCCAAAGCGAAGGCUCCCAGUCACAAGUAUAGUGCCCACAGCAGCCAUGUUACCAAUGUCAGUUUUACUCAUAAUGACAGUCACCUGAUUUCAACUGGUGGAAAAGACAUGAGCAUCAUUCAGUGGAAACUUGUGGAAAAGUUGCCUUUGCCCCAGAAUGAUAUCGUGGCAGAUUCUUCUCUGACUAGAGUCCCCAUUUCUUCCUCUGAAAGUGUCAUCCAGUCCAGUGCUUCUCCAACACCUUCCCAGCCCCCACAUGAGACAGUUGAAGAAGAGAGUAGGGUAAGCAAUUCUCCCACACUUCUGGAGAAUAGCUUGGAUCAGACUGGGGAGCAGAGCGAAGACCACAGUGAGGAGCAGAGUGAGGAGGGCAGCGAGGACCUCGGUGAGCCUGUUGAUGAAGAGCCAGCCAGUGAGGUCAGUGAGCAGCAAGUGGAAGCGCUUUCUGAAGAGCAGCAAGAUGUUCCACCUAUGUUGUAAGAUCCUGGUUGCUGCUGACUCCUCUCUCCUUUGGCUGCCUGUGAUUUGUGAUAUGAUCGAGAUAGCAGAGCAUCACCACUGACUCCACACCACUGUUUUCCACAGUUUGUUUCAACAGUUUUACCUUCAGUCUCUCAGAUAGAGCCAACCUAAAGGUUCAGUUUAACCAAACUGAAACAUUAUGUCUCAGAAAUCACUGUCUGUGUGUAAGUGGUCUGGUAUAAAUACUGGAAACAAAAAUAGCGGUUAUAUUGAUUUUUGAAAAUAAACCCCCUUAUUAACUGAA